UAACCCAUGGCUUCUUGCAAACGGCCACACUUAACUUUUGCACCGAAAAUAAUUGCAAUUUGAUAAAUAAACCCGACAAUAGCAUUCCAAACAAAUUGGCCAGGGGCUGGCGAAACUUCAGCGCCGGGAUUGCUAACUAUGGUUGGGAAAAACUUCAAGGCUCUAGCGCAUUUUCACCGCCUGACCGAGUACAUAGUACAGUGCAAGCACUGCGACAAAACAUUGUCCUCCAAACACACGUCCUCCAAUUUGACGCGCCACUUGAUCCGGAACCACAAGCUCUUGGCCCGCACGAUUUUCGCCGGCGAGGAGGGAAAGAUGCUGGCGGAGCUCAAGGACGAGUUGGAGGCCUCCGCUUCCGAGGAUCUCAGUAUGGAGCUCGCCGAGGGAGAAGGCGAAACGAAGUCGGCAGUGCGCGGAAUAAUGGGAGUGAAACGAGAGCAGGAUCAGAUGGAUCGGCAUAACCAGGAGGAGAUGCGUAACAAAGUGAUCGGGAAGAAUAAUAAGCUGUGGGCCCACUUCAUCCGCAUCUCCGAGUUCAUGGCCAAGUGCAUGCACUGCGGGAAGACCCUCUCAUCUAAGCACUCGUCCUCUAACCUGAUGCGCCACAUCGUUAGGCGUCAUAACAACCUUGCCAAGACUCUUAAUCACUCGCAUCAGCAUCUGAUGACACCUAAAAAGGAGACUUUCAGCAGCAUUGAGCGACGGCAGGCGGCUGAUCCCCUGGAGAAAGUCAACUUUGAUGAUGUGGACAGCAUCAUCGAGAAGGUGGCGGAUCACCUCGACGAAGAGGUCACUUCGAUUUCGCUUCAGGAACCCUUCUAUGAGUACGUGGUGGACAACUCGGAUUCCGUGGUUAUAGACAGGUGCGAGGAGCCCGAGCCAACGGAUAUGCAGAACCUGAUUCCGGCGGACACUGCAUCGCUGGCAGAGUCCACCACCCAGCUGGACGAAAAACUUAAGGCAGAAACGAUAUACUACAACGAGAUGGCCGAGUUAGCCAGAGCCAAGCGUCGGCUCAUCGAUCUGCAAACCAAGAAGCUGCUUCUAGACAUGAACGUGGUGGACAACUAACAAACUGACGAUUAAUACAGAUUGUAUUUGUAGGUGGAUAAGGCGGGCAAUAUGAUAAUUUACACUUAAGUACGAUUAUACUUUUAACAACAUUAA